UAUAAAAACGCUGCCAACCGACCUUCGAUUUCGGUUUCUUAUGGCUUUUCGAUUCCCCACACAUUCUUCUUCUUCUUCUUCUUCUUCCUCCUCAACGUGAGAUUCUCUCUCUCUGUGAAUCUUUUUCCCGUCCCCUGAAGGCCGGCGAUUCGAUUCACUCGUUUCAGUUUCCCGCUUGUUUUCUAUCUUCGAAGCCAACGCGCAUUUGAGGCGUCUCUCUCGCCGAUCGUGUUGUUUUGGAUUUAUUUUUGAAGUUUUGGAAUUGACAGCAUUUCAUACAGCGAAUUAAUGGGGGUUAAUAUGGAGAGUUAUGCUCAUGGGACUAUACCAGAGUAUGGUGCAAUUUUUAUGUCAAAUAGUAUGACUAAAACAGAAUGCUUCAAAAGGAAGUUAUUCGGUCUUCCAUAUUGGCUAGGCAACUUUGUACAGCAAAUUAAAUCUGGGAUGAUUUUGUUUCUGUUUGAAUACGAGAAGAGAGUACUUCAUGGCGUAUUUCAGGCAAUUUCAGAUGGUGCAAUGAACAUUGUGCCCCAUGCUUAUAGCUCAUCAGGGCAGCAGUUUCCUGCACAGGUUGAGUUUAAAAUAAUUUGGUGCUGCAAACCCCUUUCUGAAGAUCAAUUUGGAAAUGCUAUUAGGGAGAACUAUUUUUCAGCCAAUAAGUUCAACUUUGGGCUGUCUGAAGUGCAGGUGCAUAGGCUUCUAUCUCUGUUUAGCUUGACAAAAUCUAAUGACCAACUCCGUCUGAGACAGUUAAGCAGUGACUUGUUUGAGUGUUCAAGUGAUUGCUUAAUUGAUGAACGUCAAAGUGUUGCUGAUGAUGUUAGGCUUCUAUUGAAUGGGAGGUUACAAGGGAAACAAAUGGAGGGUGAAGACCAAAGUAACACCAUGCAGGAAAGUGUUCCUCCGCUCUAUUACAAUCUCAGAAAUAUAAUUCCUUCCACAGAAAAUCCAAUACAUUCUUCUUAUAUGGAUGAUACAAACCUCACCUAUAAUUCUGGUUUCUAUAGUAAUGCUCAAAUCAUGAUGCCCAGCCUCCACAGAAUAUCAGACUGCAUUACUAGCACACCUUUCCAAACAUCUGUAUAUGUAGAAAACAAUACAAAUCCUUCUGUGAAUCAAUGUGAAAUAAAUGUAUCAUGUUCUGAUCCCAGCUUACUGACUUUUCCUACACGAGAGUUUGAAAAUGAUGGAGACUUGAGGAGGUCUAUCAGCCAGUACGCUUCCCAUGAACUUAAUUACUCCCCUUCCCCGAAUCAGAAUGAGCAAAACAUAGCAAGGCAGGAAAACACCGAAGCAUACUAUAUGUAUGCUCCUGUGAUGAAAGAAUUUCCCAUCCAAUUUCCCUUUGAUUCAGUCGAAGUUUCAAGUAUGCCCUCAAACGAACAUACAACAGCCAACCAUGGACAUGAAAUUAAUGGAAAUUAUGGAAGCAUGCAUCCUAAUCAUUUAAACAAGGGUAGUGUCUUUUCUCGCUUAGCCUACCCAUCUGAUGCGAGGGUACAAGAACUUGAUGACUAUGCUGAUCAUGAGAAGCAGUUUUUGGAUUCAUCUUUGGAUCAAGUUAUGUCUGUACUGCAACAACACCACUGGCAAUGGGACAUGACUAACCACGAAAUGCUAAGUCAAGAAUACAAAGUUGGUAGAAGCUACGUGAAAAAACAGACAAAAUCUUCUUUAAUUUCGUAUAGUAAUUGCUUUCAAGUUUCCGAUAAAGUAAGGACAGACAUUGAAGACAGUAUAGAUGACAGUAGCAAAAAUGCUAUAGGGCUUCCAUUUGUGAAUUUCAAGCGGCGGAGGAAACCAUGCAAAGCUGAGGAUAAGGCCCUAACUGGUGGCCAAAAUGUGAGUAUUGGAAAUGCUCAGUUGUCAGGUGUACAACAGAAAAGAAGAAAGUUAAUUCGGCCCAGCUUUGCCCAUAGUGAGUUACGUGAUUGUGGAGCCGCCAAUAGUGUCUCCGGAGGUUUACAAGGCUCAUUGAAGGAGAGUCUCUUUGGAGAAAGGACUAGUAGCAAUCCUUUAAUUGGGUCGAACAAGACAGAGAAAGUCUCUCAAGCUUCUGAAUUGCCAGAUAUUAUUUGGCUGGUCGAAGACGAAGACAAGAAUAUUGGUAGUGGAAGUGUAGCAACAGCAGAGUAUCCUUUUGGAUCCACUCUAAAUGGAAUUGAAGAUAGGAUAGCGUCCUCAAAUUAUGUUAGUGACCUGAAUAUUACCCCCAAAGUUCUUGGAGUGAAUGAGAGUUGUAGUAGUACUCAUAAGGCUUCAACUUCAGAGCAUCAUAUGGCUUCGCAGAAUCUGGAUAAUUCUGGUUUGUGUAGUCGACAAGAAUCACCCUCUGAGGGAUCUGAACUAAAUGCUGGGAGUAGUUUUAUUAGGGUUGAUGAAGGCGGCAACAAAUGCAAUGAAACGGAAUUAGUUAAAAAGUACGAAAAUUGUUGAUGAACCAAAUCAAGGUUUUGCCACUGCAACGAAAAGCACAAAUAAAAGUUGGAGUCCUCUGGACUCAGCUUCAGAAAGUGUUUCUGAAGGAUUUAUUGAGAUAAGUAAGCAAAAUGACAACAAGCAGCAGUAGAGGAGACCUGGAAGGAAACUGACCUUUUGAGCUAGACGUCUUUUUUAACCUGUUUUGCUGUGUUUCUACUAUGAAACCUUUCUUCCUUUUUUUAUCUUUUUCUUUUUUGGUUGCAACAGAAUGUUGAAAGUUCUUCUUGGAAGUGACACAUGAAAAUGGUGGGAAGUCUCACAGCUGAUGAACUAAAAGCAGCCAGACUUUACAGGUACUUUUGUUCUUUUGAAGAUUUUAUUCUUCAUGAGUAUAGUUUUGUUCAGUUACCAUUACAGUGGUAAAAAUUAUUGGUGGGGAGGUUAGGAUUCUUAAGUUCUUGUAAUUUUUCGUGAAGAAUCAUGACACGUAGUGACUUAGAGAAGUUUAGAUUAGAGCUGAUAGUGUUGUAGAAAUGCAAGUCAAUCAGCUUUUCCAAGAAUAUCCCCUCCUUUUGUAUAGACUCUUGUUUUCAUUUCAUUUUCAAUA